AUGUUUUCAUCUGCAGAUCCAACCACAAUGGUCGCAUCUGCACAUCCUACAUUGGCCAUCAAACAAUCGAACCAGCACCUAAGCCCUAUGAGCCCAGCAGCCGAAUUUUCUACCAUGGGCCUAGUCACACGAAAAGAGUGGGUGAUUCCGCCGCGUCCAAAGCCAGGGCGAAAGCCAGCCACAGACACGCCACCUACCAAACGAAAGGCCCAGAAUCGAGCAGCACAGCGUGCAUUCAGAGAAAGACGUGCUGCCAGAGUUGGAGAGCUAGAAGAACAACUUGAAGAGUCAAAGGAGGAACAAAAACAACGUGAAGCAGACCUAAGGAGCAAGAUUCAACAACUCGAAGCUGAUGUGAGACGCUUCCGUGGAGAGCUCAACUCUUGGAGGCUACGAUGUGAAAAUCUAGACAAAAUUGCUCAACAUGAAAAAAGAGAAAAAAAUAUCGCUCUUGCGGAGUUGGAUUUCAUCCAAAAGAGCUACCCACUGUCAAACAUUACCAGCUCAGCUACAUCUCAUUUAAAUCACACAAAGAACAUAACGUCUCUGCUGCCGGAGAGAGUUUCUAGCUCUGAGGCCUCGACCCAAACCGAAACUAGAGCUAUGAAGUCGAGCUCUACUAGCACAGAAACUGCUUGUGCUGAGAGAAUUGUAUCUCCUGCCUCCUCAGGAUGCUGUGGCACACCAUCUAUGUGCUUAAAUUCUCUAGCAGAGGAGGACGAUGAGCCCACAAAAUCGCAUAUGCCAAUUGAGUAUAAAAGAUCAUAUUCACCGGAUGUAGUUAAGGUCCCUGAAAAAAGAAUGCGUCAGUCUGUGCCCUCCACCGAGAUGGAGACUGAUUUCACGAAUCAAUUCACUACCAAAGUAACGCCUAUCGAAAAUCAACCAUCCUUACAAAUACCAAUGAUCGAAUCUUGCGGGUUUUGUAAUGAUGCAACAUUUUGUAUUUGUGCUGAGGCCGUCGAUGCUCCUUCCCUGAGUAACAGUGACCGUGAGAGCUGGCCUCAGCCAUUUCAGAAUACCACUUUUCCUGAGCCGCAGAUAGAUGCCAACGCAAAUUUCAUCAAGCUACCGGCACUCCAAGCAUUUUCUGUAGAUCACUUACACAGCACAGAAAAGAAAAGCCCACGUAAAAAUGGUCCAGGAUCAUGUCAACAAUGCCAACUAGAUCCGCGGUCAGGAGAAUUUUGCCGUUCACUCUCAGAAUUACGCGGUGUAAACUCUAAAAUUCAAAUAGAAUGUUGCGGCAACAAAAGUAGUGAAGACUGUUGUAAAGUUUUAUCAAACAUGGAGCCCACAGAACUCACGCCUAGGUUAUCAUGCGCAGAUGUAUACAAAACUCUUUCAAGUCACAGAAACUUUGAUCAAGCAAAUAACGAGCAGGAUACUUGGCUUGGAAAGCUACAUGCUUUGCCUCCUGUUCAUCCAAGCCGGGCCCCCAUUGAAGUUGAAGCUGCGAGUGUGAUGGGGGUUUUGAAGCUUUUCGAUAGACGUUUUGGAAGGGGCUGA